CAUUGUAAAUUAUGAGUAACAAGAGGGGCUCUUUUAUAAAUAUACGUAAAUGAUGCUUCUUACAUUACGUAUGUAAUUGCAUUACGUUGUUAGUAGUAACGUUUGCUUGGCUAUUACAGAGAGUCCAAGCUCUCUCCCAAGUCUCAGUCUCUAGAAACUCGGCUGCUUCGGCUUCCACUUUCUCUCCAUCGUGUGAGUUUUCGCUCUCUAAUUUUUGUAAUCCUUGUGGCCUUGUAUACAUUACAAAGCUCGUAACGCACAUAACCUGUUCGAUCAAAUGUCUAGCCGAGACUCACAACUUCAAAAAUUUGAUAAAUAACCGCUGCAAAGUAUCUGAGCAUGUUGCGGAACGUGGUGCCUUGGAACAUAAGCAAUCAAAAUGUAGUUGGAUUGUUGAUAAGGCAAUUCGCGACGAAACCUAAACCUAAGAUGAAACCCAUCGAGCUGAACACACCACCGGAGCAAACCCAGACGAUCACCCGAGUGAUCUUUGAUGUUUUGAAGGAACAUGGACCUCUCACCAUCGCUGAAACUUGGGAUCGUGUCAAGGAAGUGGGAUUAAGAGGGUUAACGAGCAAGAGGCACAUGAAGAUAAUACUAAGGUGGAUGAGAGAAAGACAGAAGCUGAAGCUAAUAUGUAACCAUGUUGGUCCUCACAAGCAGUUUCUGUACACUACUUGGUUCACUAAACACAACCCUUCUAAAUUCUCUAAGCCCCCGGAAAAUCUCACCGGAAAAUCUUCCGGCCACCCUAAACUUCCAUGACUAGUCAGUGUUUGGUUUAAGAAUUUGUUUCUUGAAUCUUCGCUUCUUACUUUAAUGUAACUAAAAUGUCUUUCUUGACAAGUUUCUCUCGAUGAUUACGCUUAUACACUUUUAUUGUCACUUAAGUUUGUGGAGUCA